CCCAGGCGGGGUAUGUGGCGUCCUGUCCUCCCCACCUGAGGGAGUGCUCACUGGUGGAGCCACCCCCUUGCGUUGCUCCGCUGGGACAGAGAGAGCUGCAGUCCUGUCCCUGCCGUCGAGAAAUCAUGAUGGGUUGCUGGGGCCAGGGGCCACUCUGGAGCUGCGUGCUGUGGGGUUUCUGGGUGCUGCCAGCUCAAGCCGAGGGGACGGGGCAGCAGCCCCUUGCCCCGGUAGAGCCGGGCAGCACCUCCCUCUUGGCCGACAGCGCUAGUGCCGAGCUGCCUCCAGACCUGGGCAUGUGCCAGGCGUUCCCCAGCUCCGCAGCUGCCCGGCCGGAGCACCCCUCUCCCGCGGGCAGGAGAACCAUCACCACCAUCUCCGUGCGCGCAGCUCUGGGAAGCACUGGCACUGAGCUGGCAUCCAUCAGGAACAAAGCCAGAGCCACAAGAGGUACUUCUCCCCUGGAGACCAAGGCCACCCUGGUGAGGCUCAGCAUGAAGCUGUCCCCUCAUGAAGCUUCAGAUAGCCCUGGUGGUCCCUCUCCAGGGCCCUUUCUGCACUCCACAGUGCACUCCACAGGGUCUCUGUUGCCCCACAUGCUCUCAGCAGGCCCUGAGGCCACCACAGCAGAGGUGGCUGCAGGUGGAUCCCUUCCAGCUGGACCCAGCAUGGCCAUGACCUUGUCCCUCACAGAUGCUGGUGGAGCAGAAGGGCCAGCUUCUGGCCAUGCGAUUAUCAGUGCGGAAUCAUCACCAGAGACACCUGCCAAAAGGACUGAGGCUCCUGAAAUCAGCCCCACCAUGGAUCUGCAUGUUCUGCCUCCCAGGGGUGGUCACUCUUCUCUACCAGCCAUGGCUAACCCAAGCCCAGCACCAGCCACAGCCAGUCCCCUCCGCAGUGCCACCACCGGCAAGACACCCCAGCCACCCCCCAAAAAUGCAGCUGUGGAGGGAGGCAGGGACAAGUCCCAGCUGAAAGAAGAUGGCAGCACCAUGCAGGCAGUUCUAGACUCAACCCCGGCUGAAAAUACAAGGGUGGGUGCUGUGGUAGGCACCCCUCUCAGUGGCAGCACCACCCUAGAGACUGCCCUGCUGGAAUCACCCUCUGCCACAGCCCAUGCCGCUGCUUGGGACCACAACUAUCAUACUGCUGGGCCCACCAUGGGCCUGGACAUGGGCAUGGACUUGGACAUGGACACAGCUUCUGCCACCACAAGGAACAGGGCUAUGGGGCUGCCUCUGCGGUUGCCCACUCUGAUGGCUGGGGUGGCUGAGCCAGGCAGUGGUGAUGCCACCUUGUUGGCACACUCUGGCCCAGGCAGCAAAAGCCCUACAGCAGUGGCCAUCAUGGGCACAGUGUCACUUACAGCUCCGGAGCUGGUUCCUGGUCUCACUCACAGUCCUGCUGAGCCAGAGGUCAGUGUGUCAUCUCCUGUCCCCAGGAGCACUCAUCUAGUCGUGGUAGCACCCUCCGUCACACCCAGCAUCACCAUCACUCAUCCAGCAUCAGGAGCAGGUGAUGCUAGGCUGGAAAGGAUCACGACAACACUCCCUUCGGCUGUCCCCAGCGGUACCUCCACUGUCACCCCAAGGCCAUUCCAUGAGGCCACCAAUAGCAGACAAGACCCAGCCUUGAAAGCUCACAGUCCAGUCACUGAGGAUGAGCCCAUAGCUGCGGGCUCCUCACUGGCUGUUGGCCUCACACACGUGUGGGAGACUGCAGCUGCAUCCCGGACAGGUGCUGGGGUUACCGCUGCUCAGGCGGACAACACCCCUUUGGAGAGCGGUGCCAAGGGUGCAGCACCCUCAGCCAGCACCGACAGCACCUAUGGGCCUGUUUCCACUAGUGGUGGCACAAGCCCAGCCACAACACCAGCUGCCAGCAUGCUCUCUAGCAACAGCAUCCUACACAGCACCUCAGCCAGAUGGGAGAACUCUGUGAUGACUGGGACCACUGCAACCAUGGUAUCUGCCACAGCAAAGGCCACCACCACCAGCAGAGCAUUGUCCCUCGCUGUAAUGCAUAUGAAGGGAGGUGGAGCCAUCACUGCAGACACAACCACAGCCACCACUGCAGACGCAUCCACAACCAUCACUGCAGACACAACCACAGCCACUACUGCAGGCACAACCACAGCCAUCACUGCAGGCACAACCACAGCCAUCACUGCAGACAGAACCACAGCCAUCACUGCAGACACAAGACCCAUAGCCAUCCCUGCAGACACAAUCACAGCCACCACGGCAGACACAACCACAGCCACUAUUGCAGACAGAUUCAAAACCAUCCCUGCAGGGAGCACUGCAGCUGUUGCGCCUGAAUUCUCAGUGAGUCCAGCCAAGGAGGCAGGAGAUGUCCUCCCUGCAGGCUCUACCAUUUCUUUGAAACCAGCUGUUACCUCCAGACCUACCACUGCCCCAGCUCCUGCCUUUGGGACACAGAAGGGUCUGGCCACAACAUCAAGCACAUCUUCCAACUCCACCACUGUUCACAGAAAUCCUGCCCCUGAACUCGCACUCACCAGUGGGAUUACAAUGCCGGCAGCCUUGCUCUACCCCUUCGGUGCAAAGGAAGGGGACCAGGAGUGUGUCCAGCGGACAGUGGAUUUUAACUCCCCCCUGUUCAAGCCAGAGAUUGGGUUCCCCUUUGGGAAUUCACUGCAGGAUGCUCUCUACUUUACAGAUAAUGGACAGAUCAUUUUCCCACCCACGGACAACUACGUCCCCUCCAAUCCCAACCCACCUCCCCAGGGCUUCAGUGGCCAGGAGGGUUUGCCGAUGGUGGCUGCCUUCUGGGACGACGCAGAUUUCUCCCAGGGUGUCGGCACUACUUGGUACCAGGAGUACUCCACACUCAGCUCUAUUCGAGACCCCCUUGUUCAUGAUGUGGAAGCAAAGAUCAAGAAAUACCUGAAAAUCCCCUAUGUAGCAAAAUGGACCUUGAAGGUGACAUGGGAGAAGGCUCCAGCAUACCCGUCCCAGAGGAAUGACACUCGGACGAGCACCUACCAGGCAAUACUCACCACUGAUGGGAACUGUUCCUUCACCCUGCUGCUGUACCAGGAUGGCGGGAUGCGGUGGGACUACACCAAGUUGGCUGCAGACAAUGUGCUGAUUGGCUUCUCCAGCGGCAAUGGCUAUGCCCAAAACAACGAGCUGACUCAGAAGCCAGCGGCUGUCAAGUACCGACCUGACCAGCACAGCAGCACCAGCACCGAUGUGCGUGGUCUGUGGGUCUACAGGCUGGACAGCCGCUCUCGGGUGAACUAUAGGCUGCGGUGCCUGGCGUGGCUGGACGCAGAGCCAUCACCAGCCGCCUGGAACGCUCAGCUCCCACCAUGCCCCUGUUCCUGGCCCCAGGCAGAGCUGGAUCCCCGCUUCCGCCGCAGUGCAGGCCCAGCAGACCCCUCCGUGAGGAUGCUGCGCACUGCAUCCCCCAGCCCGGCGGGAGCCGGGGUGCGGUGUCUGUACCGAGAUAGGAGCUUGCUUGAAGGCUGGCAGGAGAGAGCAUGGAGCCUCCUCAUUCACCCCGCCACUGAUGGGGAGCUGGAGGCAUUUGACUGGUGCUGCCGGCGUGUUGGGAAGUCCCUGUUCUGUGCAAGGUUUGCUGAGAAGAGACCAAGGGUUGGCUGCGAGGGAUAUGUGCCACCCACCCCUGCUGGUGCCUUUGGGGACCCCCACAUCACCACUAUGGAUGGACUCACCUACACCUUCAAUGGCCUUGGGGACUUUGCCCUGCUGCUGGCUAGUGAUGCCCAGACCAGCUUUGUGCUGCACGGCCGCACAGUCCGGACUGGCAUGGCUCAGGCCACCAAUUUCGUGGCCUUUGCCGCCCAGUACGUCUCCUCCACCACCACAACAACAGUUGAGUGGACCCUGGGGAGCUGGGGUGAUAUCCAAGUCCUCCUGAACCAUGAUACCAUCCAAUUCUCCUAUGCCCAAGACGUGGGUGCUGAGGUGUACUACAGCCCUGGUGUCCUGCUGGUCAAUGCCUCUUCUAUCACAGCUGUUUUCAACGGGGCCAUUGCCAUCACCAUCUCUGCCACCUCCAGGAUCCUCAGCAUGGUCUGCAGUCUUCCUGAUCAAUACCGCAACAGCACCAAGGGCCUCCUGGGUGUGUGGGACCAUGACCCCGCAGACGACUUCCAGAUGCCAAAUGGUACCAGCAUCCCUGUGAACAGCAGUGAGGAGGAGAUCUACAGCUAUGGUUUGACCUGGGCUGUUGGAGGGCACAGCCUGUUUACUCAGCCUCUGGGCUUACCAGCAAUGAACUUCACACCCAUCUUCUUGUCUCAGCUGCGGCAGGAGGGUGAAAGCCAGUACCAGCUGGCAGCCUCACAGUGCCGUGGCAGCAAGGAGUGCAUCUAUGAUUCACUGAGCACAGGGGACAUGGCCCUGGGUCUGGCCACCCAGAGCUUCACAGCCGACUUCCAGCAGAAGAAGACAGUACUCAAUGCCUUCCCUCCCAUCAUCACUGGUGACGCGUCACUCACAGCCUUUAGGACAGAAAGGGUCAGGAGGCAGUACCAUGCUGUGGGGCUGGGUGCACACUUUGUCCCCCACCUCUCACCAGAGCUCAACAUAUCGGAGAGUGGCACCUUGACGUGGGAGCCCCGUGGGACAGCCCCGCUCACCAUCGACCUGGAGGCUAUUGGGUCCAACAACCUCUCUGCCCUCCUCCAGCUCCACUUCACACUUUGCAGCUGCAGCAGGAUCCAGGAGUGCGAUUACAGCAACACUGUCCCUGUGGAGGGGUCCUCCCUGCAGUUGGCAGCCUGCAGGUGUGAGGGCGGCUACUCGGGUCCCUUCUGCCAGGACCCUCCGGACCCCUGUGCCCAGGGAUGCUUCCCUGGAGUGCGCUGCGACUCCCUUGCUGGCUGCGGCCCCUGCCCAGCCGGCCUGACUGGUGACGGGCGGCACUGCUCAGAUAUUGACGAAUGCGCUCAGGGGGCGGUGUGCCCAGGGAACACCACGUGCACCAACACGGUGGGCAGCUACUCCUGCUCCUGCCCAGCUGGCGAGGAGGGGGAGGGGCCAGGCUGUGGCUCAGCCUGCGGCUCCCGCUCCUGCCCCACGGGAUACUGCAGUAAUGGGGGACACUGCCACCUGCACCCCCUCACCUGCACCCCCAGCUGCGCCUGCCCCCCGGCCUUCACCGACCAGCGCUGCCUGGUGGCAGGGGGGGAUUUUCGGCCGCUGCCCAGCGCAGGCCUGCCCCGGAGGAGCAUUCGGCUGCGGGCCAGGACGCUGCGAAACGCCACUGCCGAGGAAGUCAAUGGCACUGUCUCAGCCAUCCUGGCCUCCCUGGAGGUAAAGGCUUUCCAGUGCAACACCAACAUCACCCAAAUGACAGACAGUGAUGGCUUCACCUUCGCAGUGGUGUCUGAGUUUGCCUAUGACAGCCGUGGCACCGUCAUCCAAUUCCUGAAUGAGGAGCUGCCGGGGGCCAUCACUGGCGCCUUCAACAGGCACUGGGGACAGCGGGAAGCAGGCACUCGCCUCCUCUUCCAGCACCUGCACCGGGACAACAUCACUGACCUGGUGAAGUUGACAGUGGCUGAGCUGAGGCACUAUUUCCCUUGCAAUCUGUAUGGUUACAAAGGAUACCAGCUUCACUAUGUGGGGACCAUUGGCUUCAUCUGCAUCUCCCCUUGCAAGAAGGGCUACUGCCAGCAUGGUGGCCAGUGUCAGCACCUGCCCGAGGGUCCCACCUGCAGCUGCCUGCCCUUCUCCAUGUUCUCUCCAGCCGGUGCCCAGUGUGAGCAGCUGGCCAUCAGCUUCACUGCCUUCCUCAGCAUCUUGCUGGUAGUCGUGGCUCUGCUCUGCCUCUCACUUGCCAUCGUCUGCCUGGCCUCACACCUCUGCCACCAGCAGCGCCGCCGGCACGAGGGGGCCAGGGACACCUUCUGGAUGCCACGGCCCUUCUCCUCUCUGAUGAUGGCAGGAGAGCAAGCAGAGCCCAUCCACUCUCACCCCAUGGAAAGCCUUUGGGAACUGCAGCUCCAGCCCAUUGACCCCCUAGUCCAGAUGAGGAUCCAGAGACCCCACAUCAGGCCUCCAAGCCAGCUCCCCCAUCAGCCUUAGCUUGCCACUGGUCCUGCCCCAGCACCUCUGGGCUCACAGAGAAGCCAGCUGCUGCUUUCAGCCCCACCACCCGCUCCCAAGGUCUUCAGCAACAACGCCUGCAUGGAAGCAGGGGACUGGCAGCUGUCCUUUGGAGCCUAGUGUUUGUGGGAGGACUCACUCUGGAGGAGGUGUUUUCAUUGAAUCAAAAAUGUGCUGUUACAGUGGGUGGCCAAAGCAAGAGGAUUUUACCUUCCACUGAGGACCUUGCAGAGGCAACUGGGUUAAUCCUUGAGUGUGUCUGCACUGGGGUAUGCUUUAGUGCAACAUAACCAGACCUAGCAGAGCCAUUGAUAUGGUCAAGUGGAACAAUGCAGUGAUUAUAACCCAUUAGGAACAAAAUAGAAUAAAUCAACAAUGAUGGCAUGCUGCUAA